CCCAAAACAAGAGGAUUUCUUCCCUACCUGAAGAGCACCCCCCCACCACCCCAAAAAAGAGCACCCCCUUUUCUGUACCCCCAUCUCUGUGGAAUGCCUUCUGGCAUGUUUAGCAUUGAUAAUAUUUUGGCUGCCAGACCUCGCUGCAAGGAGUCAGUGCUGCUCCCCCAGAAUGGUCCUGUGGUGUUCCCCACUUUGGGAGACUCUAUCUAUGGGACUGCAGACUACAGCGGAUUUUACAACAGGGCAGUAGCCCCAACGUCUACCCUGCAGGGGGUAAAUGGAUCUAGACUGGGCUUUAAUAACUAUUAUUAUGGACAAUUGCACGUGCAAGCCCCAGUGGGGCCCUCUUGCUGUGGGGCCCUUCAGCCUCUUGGGACUCAACAGUGUUCAUGUGUUUCAGCAGCCACAGGUAAGGACCCCCAAAUUAUUUACCCUAAGACACCUGUUUAUAGGUACAUACCUAUCUACUUAUACACACACAUACAUAUAUACAUACAUAAUACACACACACACACACACACACACAGAGAUAUGUAUACACAUACACAAUCUUAAACACUUUAUUUCGGUUUUUUUACGUAUAGCCCUGCAUUACAAAUCAAAUUGUAUACAUCGUUACAUACUUAUAGCAAUGCAUCCUUUCAGGGUAGAUACUUUAGAUUUUAUAUUAUUAGAUACAGACAUUUUUUGGUUAGAGUAGCAAAGUUCCUCAACAAAUUAUAUUUAUUAUUGACCCUUUGAUUACGAUCUAAAAGUUGCCAAACAAUUUAGUUCUAUGCUUAUUAACUAAGCUCUAAAACAUUACAGAAAGAUCACAGCUCCUGAUAGUCAGGAAAUGAUUGAUCAGAAUAUUCUUAUUUAUGGUAAUUCCCCACAAUUGAAUAAUAGCAUAUGAUUAUAUUUUGAGAUUCUCUCUCGAUUGGCACAGCUCUUACCCCGGAAGAAUGCUGCACAGAUGAUCAUAGACUUUUUUAAUUGAAUGUUGCAUCACUUGGAUACAUAACUAUUUUGUUUAUUUCUAAUAGCAUGAUUUAGACCAUCACAAAGAGUACACUAGUCCCAUCAUGAUCAAUACUAAAGUAUUGGCAAUUUCUAACUUUAACUAAACGUUCCGUUUGUCACAAGUUCAGGUACCAAUGGCAAAUUGCACAGUGUCCAUGCUUUAUUAAAAGUUUCAUAUGCCCAACAUUUCAUCACUGAACGAUAUAAUGUCAAUGUAGUGAAACUCGGCUCCGGAAAGGUGGGCAAGGCACAGCUGGUGCUGAACGGGUUAAUGGGUCCCGUACAGAUUUAACAGGGAUUAUUAUAGUUUAUAUAAGCAUUACAGAUACAGGUUUGGGGAGAAGUGCUUAAGGUGUUAAACAGAGGGACAUGAAGACAUUAUGAUGAUAACCCUAAUAUGCUACAUUGUAUCUUACAGCAUGAUGCAUGGGGUAAGAUACAGAUAGUUAGCUAGCUGGAUAGAUAAUACAGGAUCAGGAUAUUGCUACAUAUUGUUACAGAGGUUGCCAUCCACGACCAGCAUUGUAUCAGGGUGCUACAUAUUGUCACACAGUAGGACAGACAGUGCCAGUAUAGCAUCAAGGUCACCCUUGGGUGCUAGGACACGAAAUUGUGCACAGGGAGUAAUUGUGGUUGCUGUCACCCUUGUCUCACAGCCUAUGAUGGCACAAGCUCGAUGCUGAUGCCCCCCGUUCCCCAUCAGAUGCUCCCCUAUAUGAAUGUGGGUACCCUCUCCAGGACAGAGCUUCAACUCCUUAACCAGCUUCACUGCAGGAGAAAGAGAAGGCACAGGACCAUCUUCACAGACGAACAGCUAGAAGCCCUGGAAAACCUCUUUCAGGAGACCAAAUAUCCAGAUGUGGGCACCAGAGAACAGCUGGCCAGGAGAGUCCAUCUCAGAGAAGAAAAAGUGGAGGUAAGAGCCAUCUCCUUCUCCUUAGAACCUUGCAUGAUUCCCUUGUACAAUUGCCCUGCUUAAACUGUAUCACCAGACAGGAUACCCUCCAGCAUCACAUUAUACCACGAGUCCAAGCAUUAGCAGAUAGAAUCUCAAAAAAUGCCUAAAUUCGAAGUGAUACAAGUAUUCCAUAUUUCAAUACAGUAAUUACGAAUUCAUAUCUGAAACAUACAGUGAUGGGAUAUUAAUUGAAGAGUGCAAUCUAACUUUAAAGAGAGCUUUCAGUUUGCACUAAUCGUACUUCACAACCUGAAUCUUUUUAUUAAGGUACUUUACAGCCAGUCUUGUAUUCAUUCGGUCUGUGAAGGUAUCAAUGGAUCAAACUUCAAUUCAAAAUAGAAUAUAUGGAUUGUAACUCAUUUUUGACAUAUUUUAACAUAAUUUUAGUCCCCAUGCAAACAAGUAAGAAGUGCUACACCUGGAGACUAGUAGCUAGAAUAAUAACAAUAUCAGCUCAUUUUGAACCCUCUCUCCAGAAACAAUGUUCUAAAGGACCCAUCAGUAGUUAAAAGAACAUUGCUUACUAGUCACAGCUGCAGCCCAAGAGAAUUGGGAGUCUGAGUGCAGUGCUAAUUUCUGUGUUUUUGCUUUUGUAUUACACAGACAUGUUACAGUGCAGCUGCCCACACCCAUAUUAUGGGUUAAUUAGUUUGCAGGGAUUCUGUGAACUUCUCUCUCAAUAAAAGUGUGCCUUUUAGCUGAAUGCAGCAAUGUAAAUUGCUAGUGUAGAACUCACUUAUGAAGUUUGCCAUUGCAGUGGUUCUAAACAUUCCUUUCAAAGUAAAUAGGGAUUUGGAAUAUUGUGCUGGUAACUAUUUUAGUUUUGUUAAUGCAUUUGGAUGAUGAAUACUAUAGUCAUUGCUGCCGCCCGAGAGUAUUUGGGAGUUUGAGUGCAGGGCGAAUUUCUGUGUUUUUAAUUGCUUAAUAUCAUGCGUCUUGUGGUUGCAGGUGUGGUUCAAGAAUCGCAGAGCGAAGUGGAGGAGACAGAAAAGGUCUUCAUCAGAAGAGUCAGAAAACACCCAAAAGUGGAACAAAUCCUCUAAAUCGGCAGCAGAGAAAAUAGAGGACCAAGGGAAAAGUGAUCUGGACUCAGACAGUUGAUUGUUGGACCGGAACUCAAACACAAGAACUUACAAUCAGUAACAAACCGGUUGCUCAAGCAAUGCCAUAUAUUGGGACCUGUACAUAGAGUGUAAAUAUCAAGUUGAUUUCGUGUAAAUAAAGUAUGUUGCAGACAUCUUGCACAGAUGUACACUGUACCGAAUGUCCUAUUUAUACCUUAAAUUAAAGGGAUUACAUCAAUAAACAGAUUGGUGGCACGACCAUUUUCUCUGUACCUCUUUAAAAACAAAGGCUUGGAAGGGAUUCCGAAAGGUAAGUGGUCACUUUCUAUAUUAAAUGGGGAUGCUCAUUCUAAGAGUUUAAGGAUAGAAUGUUCUUAAUUUUUGUGCUAUCAGGUGACAAGGACUAAAUGGGAUUAGCCAAUUUUUCUGGGUGGGUUGGAGUGGGGGAUUAAUGGAAUCUCUACGAUUUGUUCCUGCCAUGCAAUCAUCUUUACCUAGAUAUAUCGAUGAUAAACGUAGGGUGUUGAACUUAAAAAGUAAAAAUAGUAAAAGGGUUUGUUCACCAAGCUCCGAAUUGUACGAAACUGAAAGUCGAACUGAAAAACUUGGG